AUGGGAUCCCGCGAGCAGCCCGCAGCGCUCCUAGAGGGCCGCCGCAUCUACCUAGGUAACCUGCUCUACGUCGUCCGGCCGGUCGAGAUCGAGGACACGCUGAAGGGCAACGACUUUGGCAACUUUGAGAAGAUCGUCAUCUCGGUUGAUCCCGUGAAUGGGAGGAACCCGGGCUACUGCUUCGUCGAUUUUGUCGAGCGUGCCGAUGCUGAACGGGCACUGUCUUCCUUGUGUGUCGACAUCCGCGGUCGUCCUGUAAAGGUCGGGCCCUGCGAGCCGAAGAAGCAGCGGCAGAGAGUCUGGGGGAGGGAAGCGGAACCGAAUGAUAAGCGAUUGGGUAGUUGGACAGGCCAGCAGGAACCUGGUGCUGAAGGGACUGGGGACAGCCCGUACGAGGCGAUGGGCCACUUUGAUAAAGUCGUUGGCACGGAUGGCGAUGGCAGGCGGCUGUACAUCGGUGGCUUGACGAGGAUGAUUGACCAGCAGCAGGCCCAGGAGGAGAUGCGGCAUAUCCUAGCUGGAUUCAAUCCAAAAGAAAUAGGGAAACGAGUCACACCCCACAUGGAAACUCGAUCCAAGCCCGGAAACCACCACUAUUGCUUUGUUGAUUUCGAAACAGUCGAGGAAGCAGCGGCGGUAAUUAAGGCGCUGAAUGGCAAGGAGUAUGCAGGAGGGGCUUUGCUAGUAAGCGUCGCCCAACGAAUUCCGGUGAGGAUCCGGGAGCCGUCGAGGCUGCAGAGAGAAGACUCGUCUUGGAGAGGUAGACCUCCUCCUCAGAGUGACAGGCCAAGAGACGAGCAGUCGAGCAUGGGAUGGACCCGCAACCCAGCCCCGAGAGAAUCGAAGGACGACUGGCCUACCAUGUGCUCACAGUCUUCGGCAAAUAGCAGCCAGCCUUCGUGGCCUGUGUUCAGGAGUGAGAGGAGGUCGGAACCUGACAGGUCGUCGUGGAAGAAGAUGGGUUCCGGCACCCGAACUCAUCGAGUAGCAAAACAGACCAGCCACUUAGGUCUCUGGCUUCCAGUAACUGGCGCCAGAAGACCUAGGCAGUAA